AUGACGUGCUUAAGUGACGACUUUUCGAAAUUCGCAUUAUUGGAGGAGGAGCGGUGGAUUGACAUUCAUGCUGCCGGUGGUCACCAUUUUCGUUUCAGAGUGCCGAGACCCGGGGUAGAUAUAUCGUACACUCCUUUUAAUUGCCACCUUCUUGUGCCUUCCUCCGGAAAUGUGGUUUAUCGAAUGGACUUGAAUGAAGGCAGGUUUGCGACACCGCUCUUAUCGUCAUUUGUGACCGCGCCAGAGGGCUUUAACACCAGUUGUCUCAUGCGCGAACUGGAUGUUCUGUUGGCCGGCUCUACUGACGGCAAAGUCGACGGCUGGGAUCUAAGAAGCGGCGAAAGGGUUUUCGGAUUGGAUGUGUGCUCGGCCUCGCCUAGACCAGCUGAUCUCGCCAAGUUUUCGCGCAUGGCGUGCUCCUCUCUCAGUUCCAAGGAUCCACUAAAUUUCUCCAUCGGAACAUCCGAAGGUCUAGUGCACGUCUAUGAUGUCCGACAAAACAGGAGUCCAUGGCACACGAGAGACACUGAGUAUAGGCGCCCAGUAAAAACGGUCAGUUUCCAAGAGGACAAAGUCAUUGCCAUGGUAGCUCACUGUUUAAAAAUCUGGAAUAUUGACAGUGGAAAAAUAUUUGUUGGCUUUGAGACCGGACCAAUCGGCCUGAAUUGGAUGUACCAUUUUCCAUCGAGUGGACUGAUUAUGCUUGCAAAUGAGUCACCCAAAGUGUCUAAAUACUUUAUCCCACUUUUGGGUUCAGCUCCAUACUGGUGCAGCUACUUAGAUCAACUUGUGACCGAGUGUGAGCCGGAUGUGACGACCAUGUACGACGGUUAUAAAUUCCUUACUAGACAGCAGCUUCUUGAGUAUGGCAUGCUGGAUCUCAUCGGCACACGUUUUCUCCGGGCCUACAUGCAUGGGUACUUUGUGUCUACCCAGUUGUUUGAUAAAAUUCGCGAAAAGCUCGGCUUUUUGUCGGCACCCGAAAAAGUACCGGUCGCUCCGAAGAUCUCAAUUGCCGACACAUCCCGACAGGAGAAAGAACAAAUAACGCUUGCGGAAAUGGAUGAGGCAGCUGCGGACGCUCGAUUCGUCAAACUAAAGGACCCCAAACUAGCACGUGAUUUAGCCAACUCCGAAUCAGAUCUGAUUCGGAUCCACCAGUCAAGACUAGAGAAGAAAAGGCGAAGGAAGGAACUUCGAAAGGCUAAGGCUGCCCGAGCAGCUGCCCUUGUCGAAGCAGAUUGA